AGUCGGCUCGCUAGCUGUUGAGCCCCACUGAGCUAUUGCACCUGUUGCAUUGGUCUCAAAAGGCAGAAGCCCUGCCUGUUCUGCUGCUCUCUGGGAUGCUGAAGUUGAUCAGGAGGCCAGACACUGGGAUUUGCCCUCCUGAAGCCUCCGCGAGGCUCCCGGUGUGUUGUGAGCAGCUGUGUGCCCCCCACAUGUCUGGGGAAGCAGGUGCUCCCCUUGUCUUCGCUGGGAACUGCAGCGCAUGAGGGGCUCGCACGAGGCUGGCCCACUGGAGCAAGGCCUGGGGACCUCGGAUCCUGAUCCCUGGUCCGGGAUGAGCCCAAGCCAGGAUUGUGUUAGCCGAAAUCACGUUAGUGGCUUGGGCCUCCCGCAGGUGCUCCUGGUGGCACAGCCCCGGCGGCAGCUCUGCCUCGGCGCUGCCGAGCUGCGGGCAGCUCUGAUGGGGCCUGCGAGGAGGAAGUGCUCGCCUGUUCCUCUCGGCUCCGCAAAUUUGCAGCGCCUUCCUCCCGCUGAAGCUGCCCCUGGGCGCUGCUUAGCCAAACAAAUUGCUCCUUGGCCGUGACUCAUUAAUGACUGAAUCAUAUGCAAACGAGGCUAAAGCAGCUAUGCGGUGCUGCGCUCCGGUGAUCCAACAGAUCCAAGGCAUGGUCAGCGCGUGCUUGUCAGGACGCGGGGAUCAGCCCUCGGCAUGCAGAAGGCUCUUGCUUAUCAUCCUCUUGUAACACCGCUGCAGGCUGUGAACAACACAGGCAGAUGUGAGAUCAGCGAAACCCUAGAAAAGUAUUAUCUUUCCACCAUGUAUAGCCUUGAGUUCAUUUUAGGCUUCAUUGGAAACAGUAUUGUGGUGCUUGGCUAUAUUUUCUGCCUGAAAGACUGGAAAAGUGGCAACAUCUACCUGUUUAAUUUAUCAUUAUCAGAUUUAUUGUUUCUGUGUACAUUACCAGUGCUUGUGAACGGCUACUCCAGAGGCUACUGGGUAGAGUCGAACACGCUGUGCUAUAGCAACAGGUUCCUGUUGCAUGCAAACCUGUACACCAGCAUCCUUUUCCUUACUGUCGUCAGUAUUGACAGGUACCUGCUCAUAAAAUAUCCUUUCAGAGAACAUAUUCUACAGAAGAAGAAAACAGCCUUUAUCGUGUGUAUUGCCGUAUGGAUCUUGGUGAUAUUGGAACUGUUGCCAUUGAUGGCUUUCCUGGACACUGAAAAGACUACCAAUAAUUACAAAUGUCUAGAUUAUGCAAGUUCUGGAGACCCUGGAAAAAGCCUUAUCUAUAGUAUGUUUCUGACUAUCUUUGGGUUCCUCAUCCCUCUUUCUAUUAUGUGCUUUUUCUAUGUGAAGAUGUUUCUUUUUCUUAAAAAGUGGAGAGAGCAAAUCAGUUCUUUCUUGACACUUGAAAAACCCCUUACCUUAGUCAUUCUCGCACUGGCCACCUUUUCAUUGCUUUUUGCUCCCUAUCACAUAAUGCGCAAUGUCCGAAUUGCUUCCCGAAUACCAGCCUUGAAUAUGUCUGCGUGCACACAGAACAUCAUCAAAGACAUUUACAUUGUCACAAGACCCAUUGCAUUUUUAAAUAGUGCCAUUAAUCCUGUUUUUUAUUUCUUAAUGGGUGACCACUUCAGAGAGAUGCUGAUGGCAAAAGUAAUGCAGCUCCUGAGCAGGUUCACAACCCCCAGCAAAUGAACUAGUAAGGAGAACUCUCAUGCUGGGAGACGGGAGGAAAACUGGGAGAAUUUUCACCAAUGUACAGUGCAAUUUUUGUAGAUAGCUGUAUUUAGACUAUAGAAUAUGCACAAGCUGAUUGUGUUUCUCUAAAUGCACUUGUUACCUUAGUGUACAGUAAACCUCCUGCUGCUAAUUUAAUUUCAGUAGGACAGAAGUAAUGUCAAUGACAACAGACAGCAGGACACGGUACUCUCAUAACAGAGUACACUGUGGUCUGUUAAUAUUCCAAAUAAAAUAUCAUUGUGGCAUUCUUAGAAGAAAAAAUUGUUCAAUCACAGCUUCUUUGUGACCCAUAAGUUGAUGCUGAACUGGACCUAGACUUGGAUAAAAUGUCCUGGAAGCAAUGAUAUUGGCUCAACGCUGACUGGGGCUCAGUGUUGAGUUUUCAUUGCAUAAGUGAUUUCCUUGCCCCCUCUGCAAACUCUGCAGCUCAUGGGAGGUUUACUUUUCUGAAUAAAAAGCUGAGCCACUUCACGCUUCUGGUUGGUUUGGGCUUGCAUCUAGGAUGUGGCAAGAAAGGAGGAUAUGCAAACAGCUAGGUGGAGUUUUUGUUGGUGUUGCCAGCAGGGAGUUGGUGACCAGGUUGCUAUUUCCAUUUGUGAUGAUGGCAAGGGGUGCAGAGCCGUAAGAUUUGGCUGCUGGACUUAGAGGCAUUUCAUGGAAGCGCUGAGGCUGUGAUGCUGUGUGUGCACGCACGCAGGUUCCUUCGCACUGCCAGCAGGGACUGCCAAAAUGCCAGCGGUGGCCGGUGUUGAGGUCCUAGCGAUGCACAAAGGCAAUUCUUAGUUAAGAUGUAAAACAAUACAUUUUUUAAUUUUUACUUCUUCAAGCUGAAUCUAGCUUUAAAGUCAAAGUAUAGAUUUACUUAACUUCAAUGCAAUUAUCUCUAAGUGAGAGCAGAACGUACAGCUCGGAGCAGUGCUUGGACCUCACACUUAGGACUCUGUUAACUGUUCCAGUAACGAAAUGGAAGCUGAUGCGGAGCCAGUUCUCUGCCUGGUAUCCCUGCAAAAUCAUUGCAGUGGGGAAGAAGAAAAGCAGUAGAAACUUGCUGUCCAGUGACUGACCUGCUUUCAAAUACAAGGGGUGAAAAAACCUAUGAAACGGUCAGAGCAUGGGACGUUUGCUUUUGUGAAUACAGCUGCUCUUGUCUGGGCAGGGCUGGGGGGGAGGCGGAGCAAAUGCUAAAAGUAUUACAGGAAAUCUACCAGAGAGAAAACAGAUACUGAAAAGACUGAUGCAAUCAAAGUGUAAAGAAAACCAGCAACGUGUGAAAUGAAUGACGACUGGAAAAAACAAAAGGGGGGAGAGAAGUGAAGAACGUGUUUUAUGCAGUGUUUGCACAUGAAGUGAAAACGCACUUGUGGACCCUGUUGCUUUGCUGGAUCUGUGCUGGUGGCAUCACGGAUGUGCUAUUUUGGUGACUUCCACUCUUCCAUCAUGAGAGGGGCACGGCGUGGGCCCAUCACAGCAGUACUGGCAGCGUGGGAAGGGCCUGGCAUGGGCAUGGGGCACGGGCAGCCCCCUCCUCCCAGCACAGCCUGGGGUGCCGGCGGUGCUGCCACCCCUGUGGGCACAAAGGGAGACCCCCCAGCCAUCCUCGUAUCAGAGACAACUUCAUUUCUGGCUUCCAGCGUGUCAGUUAUGUGCAAAUGUUUCGUUGACAACUGCCUGAUAAUAAACUCUGCACCCUGUUAAAAAACAGAA